CAACAUCGUAAACGAGCGCGAAAGGGGUGCUGGCCGACGUGUCGAUCUGCCCAAAGCGUGCGAGCCCCGGGUGUCGGAGGUACGCCGCGCUCGGGAACGCCGCGGCCGCCCGGGGUCAAAUGUUCGGGGGGGAACCGUAUCCCUCCCUCCCGCUCCCCGCGUCCGUGCAUGCCUUGGUGGUGAUCGCCGCGAUCCCCCGUUGCGCGACCCGACCCGAACACACGCGCAGCGAACCGUCCCACACACACACACGCUGGGCCAACCCACCGGUCUCGCGUGCCUCAUCGCACGUACUGUACAAGGGUGGAAAUGUCACGGCCGGGGGUGGUCGCUCCUCCGUCGUGUUCUACAUCGUCGCGUAUGGCCGUGGUCGGUGUUCACGAAACUGGUGGGGCGGACCAUCCACACCCCUCGGAUCCACCACGAGGCAUGUGUCGCGGUGGCCGGUGUGGAUACCCACUCCCACUGGCGAUACCCAGGGGACGGUGACCGUACUCGCAACCCUGGCCACAUACGCGUUUGAAAUGAUUCUUGCGGGUUGCGCUGAUCACGAGGCAGAUCCCGCGCGUCCGGAAAAAAGGGAAGCGACCGCCGCGAGAUGGUGGACACAUGUGCGGUCGCAUACGUCGCUGUUCUCGCCGUGAAUGUCAGGCCGGGCGUGGAUGCCGUACGGGGUGCGGAGAUGGGCGGUUUUGGAUAUCGGGAGGGUGUUGGCGUGCGGGGCCGUGGGGGCUGCUGUAGAGAAGCUCACGGGUGAGAGUCGUGAGACCGCGUCGGGGAGGGGUGCGCCGACGCCGACGACGAUUCGGAAGGGGCUGG